CCGCAAAUAGGUCAAAGGUGUGGACUGGGGCAGCUUCGGGCUGGUAAAGGUGCUCCAGUAACAGCAAAAUGAGCGAACUGCGCCGCUGGCCAUUCUUCGACAGUCGGCAUAUGCAUUGCUACAGUCGAAUACCAGGUCGAUUAGUUGCCUGAGGUUUGGGCGACUCCAACCAAUCUCAUACACAUAUUUCCGGUCUAUUCCCGGUGCGCCCGUCUGAGCUCUCCCAAGUCAAACAGCAGCAAUUGGCGGAGGUGACGCAAAGCUCCAAUACCGAAUUGGGAAGAUAUUCUUAGGAUGACCCCGCCUCGCCGCAGCUUGGGUAGGCUCUCAGACUGCAGUUGCUAGACUACUCACGACCUGAAUAAAUUUAUUCGUACGACCGCUGCACAUAUUCUGCAGAACAAGGACGGGAUUGGACAGCAAACAUGGCUCCCGAGUACAAAGCCGAAGACUUCACCAAGCUCUACAUCAAUGGCGAGUUUGUGUCUUCCAAGUCUGGCAAGACAUACGCUUUGAAGAAUCCCAAGAACAACACCACGGUCUGUGACGCCGUCCCUAUUGCGAACGAGGAAGAUGUCGAAGCAGCAGUUGUGGCCGCAGAAGCUGCGUACCAGGGAGAAUGGAGAAAGUUCUCCGCUAUGCAGAGAACCGAGUGUCUACAUCGAUUGGCAGCCCUGAUGGAAGAAGAAAUUGUUCCGAUCCUGAGCCUGGAUUCUCUGACAAGUGGCAAUCCAACCAGCAUUAUCCCAACUCGCGAGAAGACCUAUAUCAAGAACUGUAUUCUCUACUUCUCAGGUUGGACGGACAAGCAAGCUGGCGACUUCUUCCCUGACGAUGAUGGAUUUGCUAAGAUUGUCACCCAUGAACCACUUGGUGUUUGCGCUGCUAUCAAUCCAUUCAAUGCACCUGUGCCAACCAUGAUUUUAAAGUGCAUACCAGCAUUGGCGACAGGCAAUGUGAUCAUUGUGAAGCCAUCAGAGAAGACGCCACUGGGAACGUUGGCCAUGGCACCGCUGUUUGAGAAAGCAGGAUUCCCGAAGGGAGUGGUGCAAGUACUCACCGGAGCUGGUGAGACUGGUGCUUUACUUGCGACUCACAUGCGUAUUCGAAAGAUCAGCUUCACAGGCAGCAUACCUACAGGCAAGAAGAUCCAGGAAGCUGCGGCAAAGAGUAAUCUCAAGCGUGUGACAUUAGAACUCGGGGGAAAGAGUCCUGCUGUUGUGUUCGAAGAUGCGAACCUAGACAAUGCCCUCACGUGGACCGUGAACGCCCUCCUUGCCCGGUCUGGUCAGGUCUGCGUCGCGGCCACAAGAGUAUAUGUCCACUCGUCAGUCGCCAAAGACUUUAUCGCCAAAUAUACCGAGAAGGUGAAGGCUGCCGUGAGCGACAUUGGCGAUCCUCAAGACAGCACAGUGAAAAUCGGGCCUCUUGUCGAUCAAUCUCAGCUCGAGAGAGUCAAAGGCAUGAUCGAGCGAGGAAAGGGUGAAGCCGAGCUCGUAGUCGGUGGCGUCCAGUAUGGCGAGACAGGAUGUUACAUGGAGCCUACAGUGUUCUUGAACCCCAAACCAGAUGCGGAGAUCUACAGGACAGAAGUCUUUGGCCCGGUAGCAGUGGUCAAGACGUUUGAGACGGAGGAAGAAGUGCUAAAGCUGGCCAACGAUACGGAAUAUGGUUUGAUGUCUGGUGUGUUCACGAAAGAUAUCACGAGAGCGUUGCGCGUGGCUAAGAACUUGGAUACUGGUGUUGUUGGAAUCAAUUGUGUUAGCUAUAUGAACAUGCAAGUCCCAUUUGGUGGCAGGAAACAGUCUGGAGUUGGAAGAGAAUUUGGAGAAUAUGCUUUGCGUGCGUAUACGGAGCCGAAGACGAUGUUGAUCAAUAUGAACGCAUAGAAUAUCUGUACAGAAGAACCAUGAACCUUGAACAACAAAGC